UUUUUUCAUGUUCUUCCUGAUAUGUUAGUGAAAAGUAUACACCCUCUGUGGCCUGACAGAGAACCUGACUUACCUGAACUGAAGCCAUCAACUUAAUGAAUCUGUACACAGAAAUAACCUAUACUCGAUGACAGAUCAUAAAAAUGUCACAGAGAGCCUGUGCCAUCAUCGAGCAUCAAGGCAGGAUACACCCUGAACAGAGUGCCAACCCAUCACAGGGCACACACACACUCAUUCACUCACACACUACAGGCAAUUUAGAGAUUCCAAUCUCCAAUCAGCCUAGAGGAAGGAAACCCACCAUGCGCAGGAAGAACAUGCAAACUCGACACACACAGUGAGCGGGAGUGAGACUUGACCCCAGGAUGCUGGAGGUGUAAGGCGAACAUACUGACCACUAAGCAACCGUGCCACCUGAAAUCAUCAUAUACUGAAUAGCCCAUAAUAUUGACUUAAUAUAAUUAUAGUUUGAAAAUGAUUAGCAAUUAGCAACAUAUACUUCAAAAGAUUAUGUACAAAAUAUAGUAAAUAGUAAAAAAAAAAUGUGGUUACAAUGUCCAUAGUGAAGCAUGGUGUUAGUAGCAUCAUGUUAAAGCAUUACACUUGCUUCUGGACUUUGGAUAGUUUACUGCCCCCAACCCAGCCCACCUUUAUCCCCCACUCACAUACUUGAAUAUUAUGUGCUAUUGUUAUGAUAUAAAAUCCUAGUUUAGUCUAAUUCAGCUCCAGGUUGUUGUACAUUCAACUAAUUUGGGUACUUUAAAAUCCUUUAUAAUAGUCCUAGGUACAUUUAGGUUGAUUUGCUGUGUUUUGCUUCUAUAAACAGAACAAAAUUGUGACCGAAAUUGAAAAGUGAACGUUACAUGGCAGGUGUAAUAAAUUUUGGCAUUAAUACAACCAUGGCAAGUGGAUCCUCACCAAAGGCUCCAGAGUGCAGGAUUGUACUGCUGGGAAAAGCUGGAGCUGGAAAGAACAGAGUAGCCGGAGUCAUCAUGGGAGACAGAACGCUGAAUGAAGAGAGUGAAGAGUGUCUUUUACAUGAAGGUGAACAGGAAGGAAGGAAGAUCUACGUAGUGAACACACCAGGAUGGGACAGAAUUUCUAUAGAGUGCACUACAAAGGAAAUUAAAAAUGAAAUCAUCCGAAGUGUGACACUUUGUCCUCCAGGUCCCCAUGCGCUGGUUCUGGUGAUACCCAUAAACCAUGAAGAUGAACUAUCUGUAAAUGAACUUGAAUCAGCAAGUCGACACAUGGAGCUGCUCUCUAAAAGAGUCUGGCAUCACACUGUGGUGCUUUUCUUGUGUAAAGGACAUGUGGAGGAAUCCACAAUGAAAAAACACUUUCAGAAAGCAGAAAAACUCUUGGAGAAGUGUGGAGGCAGACAUUGUGUUAUGCGUCUGAGUGAAUCUGAAACCCCGGUCCCAGGGCUCCUUGAAGAGAUAGACAGCAUGGUGGAAGAAAAUGCUGGGGAUUUCUUUCUGCCACAGGUUUACUAUGAAGUGAUGCAGAGCAAGAUAUCAGCCAAAGAAGAUACACAGAAGAAAACAAAUGAACAGCAGGUUGAAGAAAAAGUAGAAGAGAAAGGUAUGCUUAGGCAGAGACGUGGAAGCCUCCAGUUGGAACAACCUAAUAUGACUACAAAUACAGAAAGUUCAAAAAGUCUCAAAGCUUCUGAGGCCAAAAAGAACAUAAAUCUGGACGAGUUGCCGUGGAAUUGCAUCAAACCCGUUUUAAUGAUCCUAAUGUCCUUCAUGGGUGCCCUUAUAGGCUCAGUGGCAGGAGCCCUGUAUGGAUCAAUGGGGGCAGUUGUAGGGAUUGUCAUUGGAUUUGUUGUACUAAUGCUCAUUAGUUUGUGGCUGCUCAGUCUAAUAACGUAUCCACAGGUUUGGACAGAGUGCAGGAUUGUACUACUGGGAAAAGCUGGAGCUGGAAAGAACAGAGUAGCCGGAAUCAUCAUGGGAGACAAAACGCUGAAUGAAGAGCGUGAAGAGUGUCUUUUACAUGAAGGUGAACAGGAAGGAAAGAAGAUCUACGUAGUGAACACACCAGGAUGGGACAGAAUUUCUAUAGAGUGCACUACAGAGAAAAUAAAAAAUGAAAUCGUCCGAAGUGUGACACUUUGUCCUCCAGGUCCCCAUGCGCUGGUUCUGGUGAUACCCAUAAACGCUGAUGAUGAACUAUCUGUAAAUGAACUUAAAUCAGCAAGUCGACACAUGGAGCUGCUCUCUAAAAGAGUCUGGCAUCACACUGUGGUGCUUUUCUUGUGUGAAGGACAUGUGGAGGAAUCCACAAUGAAAAAACACUUUCAGAAAGCAGAAAAACUCUUGGAAAAGUGUGGAGGCAGACAUUGUGUUAUGCGUCUGAGUGAAUCUGAAACCCAGGUCCAUGGACUCCUUGAAGAGAUAGACAGCAUGGUGGAAGAAAAUGCUGGUGAUUGCUUCCUGCCACAGACUGCCAAUGAACUGAUGCAAAGCAAGAUGCCAUACAAAGAAGAUACACAGAAGAAAACAAACAAACAGCAGAGUGAAGAAAAAGUAGAAGAGAAAGAUGUGCUUAGGCAGAGACGUGGAAGCCUCCAAGGGGCACGUCCUAGUAUUACUGCACAUAAAGAAGAUUCAGAAAGUCAAAGACCGGGAUCUGAGGCCAAAAAGAACAUGAAUCAGGACCAGUUGCCAUGGAAUUAUCUCAAACCAGUAGUAGUGAUCCUAAUGUCCUUCAUGGGUGGUCUUAUAGGCUCAGUGGCAGGAGCUCAGAAUGGAACAAAUGGGGCAGUUUUGGGGAUUGUCACUGGAUUUGUUUCAGCACUGCUCAUUAGUUUGUGGCUGGUCAGUCUAGUACGAAUGCCCUGUGAAGCUUUCUGCCCAGAAAGUCACACAGUCUUUGUGGAUAGAUGCACCAGCGCCAUCUACAGGACAGAUCUGGAAGCAGAACAAACAGAAAGUGGAUUCUCUAAAAGCAUUAAAUUCCCCAGCAGAAAUGAGUUCCUGAUAUUCUGCACAAAGCUGAGACUGCAGCAUCUGGCAGCUGAAUCUUGCAGUGGCAUCUCCGGUCAUGGACUUUCUCCGGCUGUGGCUGCUGCCAAAGUGAAAUUACAUGUAAUAAAUUUCAACAGUAAUACAGCCAUGGCAAGUGGAUCCUCACCAAAGGCUCCAGAGUGCAGGAUUGUACUGCUGGGAAAAGCUGGAGCUGGAAAGAACAGAGUAGCCGGAGUCAUCCUGGGAGACAGAACGCUGAAUGAAGAGAGUGAAGAGUGUCUUUUACAUGAAGGUGAACAGGAAGGAAGGAAGAUCUACGUAGUGAACACACCAGGAUGGGACAGAAUUUCUAUAGAGUGCACUACAAAGGAAAUUAAAAAUGAAAUCGUCCGAAGUGUGACACUUUGUCCUCCAGGUCCCCAUGCGCUGGUUCUGGUGAUACCCAUAAACCAUGAAGAUGAACUAUCUGUAAAUGAACUUGAAUCAACAAGUCGACACAUGGAGCUGCUCUCUAAGAGAGUCUGGCAUCACACUGUGGUGCUUUUCUUGUGUAAAGGACAUGUGGAGGAAUCCACAAUGAAAAAACACUUUCAGAAAGCAGAAAAACUCCUGGAAAAGUGCAGAGGCAGACAUUAUGUUAUGGGGCCGAAUGAAUCUGAAACCCAUGUCCCAGGACUGCUUAAAGAGAUAGACAGCAUGGUGGAAGAAAAUCAGGGUGAUUUCUUUCUGCCACAGGUUUACUAUGAAGUAAUGCAGAGUAAAUUACUACAAGAUACCAGAGAGCUGGAGAAAAGGUAUGAGGACAAAAUAGAAAUGCUAAAACAAAGAUACCAGAAGAGACUUAAUAUGAAUAAAAAACAAACUGAGGAAGAACCUUUGCUUAAGCGGAGACGUGAAAGUAUGGAGGGAACUCGUCCAUCUUUGAAGAAGUGGAUACGGACCAAGAGCAAGUACAUAGAUGAGAUUCAGGCACUUUAAUAACUUCACUGGCUUUCGGACUGAUUAAAGCUGCAAGUCUAGAGUGACAAUGUUCAACUCUAGAAAAACUGAAUACUGAAAAAUGAAGUAAAAUAUUUAAGUGGAAAAAUGAAAAUUUAAUUAAUUAAAAAAAUCUGAUUUAUUUCAUUUCCGAAAUGAAUAAAUUUCGAGCUGUAUAUACAUAUAUAAAUAUAUAUAUAUAUAUAUAUAUAUAUAUAUAUAUAUAUAUGUG